AUGGCUAUUCCUGCUGACGAAAAUGUCGGUUUACGAGCUCAUCGACCUCCGAAACUCUUCCAGAUCAGCAGAAGACCAGACCGAUACAACAUGAGCGACCUCGAGCCAUCGGCGACAGGAAAGGGGGCGAUGACCGGGAACGAGCCUAUGCUACCACCGGAGGAGGGUGUUCGCGGCUGGCUAUGCGUCUUGGGCGCCUUCAUGUGUCUCUUUUGCUCCUUUGGAUUCCUGGCUGCCAUCGGCGUCUUUCAAACAACAUACCAGGCAACGAUAUUGAAGGAUUACUCGGCCUCGGACAUCGCCUGGAUCUUCGCUGUCCAGCUUGCCCUUAUGUGGGCUCCGGGCCCCCUGUUCGGCCGCCUGAUCGACACGUACGGCCCGGGCCCCGUGCUCUACCCCAGCGCCAUCCUGUGCGUCUUUGCACUUUGCAUGACGAGCCUGGCGGACCAGUACUACCAGAUCUUCCUCGCCCAAGGGCUGGCCUUUGGCAUCGGCUCGGGGGGCGUGUUCACGGCGUCCUUCGUCUGCGUGGGGCAGUGGUUCGUCCGGCGCCGCGGCCUCGCCAUCGGCGUUUCCAGCACGGGCAGCAGCCUGGGCGGCGUGGUGUUCCCUGUUUUCCUCGAUCGCCUCAUGGCGAGCGUGGGGUUUGCGGGCGCCUUGCGCUACACGGCCUUGCUUAUUGGCGUAUGUCUGGCACUGUCGUGCUUCAUGGUGCGGGCGCGACAGCCGCGCAGGAAGUGGGAUCCCGAGGCGAAGUGGUUCGACAUGACGCUGUUCGGGCAGAAACAGUUUGCCUUUUACGCGGUUGGGUCGUUCUUCGUCAUGUUUGGCUUGUGGGCUCCCUUCGACUUCAUCUCAAGCAUGGCGGCGAACGCGGGUUUCUCACCUAACCUGGCUUUCUACCUGAUCUCCAUCAUCAAUGCAACGUCGGUACCCGGUCGGAUCCUGCCCCCUCACAUGGGAGACCGCAUCGGCCAUUUCAACGUCCUCACCGUAUGCGCUUUUCUAACGGGGGCGUCCAUCCUUGCGCUGUGGCUGCCGUUCAACUACCACCCAUCGCAUGCUGGCAUCAUAGUCUUCGCACUGGUCUACGGGUUCGUGAGCGGCGCGGUCGUCUCCCUCUUGAUGCCCUGCGUGGCCAAGGCCGGCACCCUCGAAACGCUGGGACAGCGCUUCGGAACCUUCCAGAUGGUGAUUGCCGUGAGCUGCCUGACGGGUUUGCCCAUCAUGGGCGCGAUCCUGAACCGCCAGCACGACGCCGACUACUCGGGACUACAGAUCUUUGCUGGCUGUAGCUGUCUUUUGGGGUCGGGGUUCCUUGCUGCGUCUACCUACCUUUUGGCGAAGCUGCGUGGGACGUGGAAGGUCUGA